UAUCUACGAUGUGUGGGCGGAGAAGUGGGAGCUACCUCAGCUCUUGCCCCUAAAGUCGGACCUUUGGGUCUUUCACCAAAGAAAGUUGGUGACGAUAUCGCUAAAGCCACUCAAGACUGGAAGGGACUCAAGGUUACUUGCAAGCUCACCAUCCAGAAUCGUGUUGCCAAGAUCGACGUCGUCCCCUCGGCAGCUUCAUUGCUCGUGAAGGAACUCAAGGAACCUCCACGCGAUCGAAAGAAGGUUAAGAACGUAAAGCACAAUGGUGACCUUACCUUGGACUCGAUCAUCAAGAUUGCAAGGAUUAUGAGGCCAAGAUCAAUGGCCAGAAAGCUAGAAGGAACCGUCAAGGAAAUUUUGGGUAAGGACGGUACCGCACAGUCAGUUGGAUGUACCAUUGAUGGCCAACAUCCUCAUGAUAUCAUUGAGCAGAUCGCUAAUGGCGAAAUUGAAAUUCCCGCCGAGUAAUU